AAAAGCGGAGCUUCUUCUCCUUCUUUCCCAGCCUCUCCCUCGGCUUACCCCGCCACUUUCUUGGCUUCGAGGACGCCAAAGUCCAUAUUCUCAGAGCCCUAAUUUUCUGUUUUCAGUUUUAAGAUAGCUGGAGAGUACCAUGGUCGUGAUUUCACGGACGGGUUCAAUGUACUGCACGCGCACUGAGACGACACGAUGCAGAGUUGGGAACAAUACACUUUGUCGCGCAAGACAAAAGUUUUACGCAUCCCAUGUAAAGAAAACUCGUGUUGGUUUCUCUUCCUUAUCAUGCGAUUCUGCGAGAAAGAUUCAGAUUACACAGAAAAGUAUGUUUAACAGCGUUGGAUCUAAACGGAAUCAUACAGUGAUUGUUGCUGCCAGCCCUCCUACAGAAGAUGCUGUCGUUACUGAGCCUCUUACAAAGAAGGAUCUUAUAGACUACCUUGCCUCUGGUUGUAAGCCGAAGGAAAAAUGGAGAAUUGGUACUGAACAUGAGAAGUUUGGUUUUGAGUUUGGAAGCCUCCGUCCUAUGAAGUAUGAACAGAUAGCAGAGUUGCUCAAUGGCAUUUCUGAGAGAUUCGAUUGGGAUAAAGUAAUGGAAGGUGAUUAUAUUAUUGGACUUAAACAGGGCAAGCAAAGCAUAUCAUUGGAGCCUGGUGGUCAAUUUGAGCUUAGUGGUGCCCCACUAGAAACUUUGCAUCAGACUUGUGCUGAAGUUAACUCGCACCUCUAUCAGGUUAAAGCAGUUGCCGAGGAAAUGGGAAUUGGAUUUUUGGGAAUUGGUUUCCAGCCAAAGUGGGGACUCAAAGACAUACCUAUCAUGCCAAAGGGAAGAUAUGAAAUAAUGAGAAAUUACAUGCCUCAAGUUGGUUCCCUUGGACUUGACAUGAUGUUCAGAACAUGCACUGUACAGGUCAAUCUAGACUUCAGUUCUGAAGCAGACAUGAUAAGGAAGUUUCGUGCUGGUCUAGCCUUACAGCCUAUAGCAACUGCUCUAUUUGCAAAUUCACCCUUCAAAGAAGGAAAGCCAAAUGGUCUUCUCAGUAUGAGGAGCCAUAUAUGGACUGAUACUGAUAAGGACCGCACAGGGAUGCUGCCAUUUGUUUUUGAUGACUCCUUUUGCUUUGAGCAGUAUGUUGAUUAUGCUCUAGAUGUUCCGAUGUAUUUUGUCUAUCGGAAAGGGGAAUAUGUCAACUGUGCCGGAAUGACCUUCAGGGAUUUUAUGGAAGGGAAGCUUCCUUGCAUUCCUGGUGAAUUGCCAACACUAAAUGAUUGGGAAAAUCACUUGACAACUAUAUUUCCUGAGGUUAGGCUAAAGAGGUACUUGGAGAUGAGAGGUGCUGAUGGAGGGCCCUGGAGAAGGUUAUGUGCUUUACCAGCAUUUUGGGUAGGCUUAUUGUAUGAUGAGGUUUCUCUCCAGAAUGUCUUAGAUAUGACAGCUGAUUGGACCCCAGAAGAGAGACAGAUGCUAAGGGAUAAGGUCCCCAAAUAUGGUCUAAAGACACCAUUCCGAGAUGGCUUGCUGAAGCAUGUUGCUGAAGAUGUUCUAAAAUUUUCGAAAGAUGGUUUGGAAAGAAGAGGCUUUAAGGAAACUGGUUUCUUGAAUGAGGUUGCUGAGGUGGUUAGAACAGGUGUUACACCAGCUGAAAAGCUUUUGGAUUUGUAUCAUGGAAAGUGGGGGCAAUCUGUAGAUCCUGUAUACGAGGAAUUGCUAUACUGAGGAGCGUUCAAGUGGCUGCCGCUUGUGACAGUUCGGUAGGAUUUUUUCUUCGUCAGUUGUGGUGCUGGUUGUCUGUUCUGAGCCACUUGAUGAUUGAUGAUUACUUAGGAAAUAAUUUCUGAUGUAAAUUCUGUCAUGAGGUUACCCAUGCCAUUUUCAUUCAAGACAUGAUGUGAUCAAACUGAUGUUCGAACGCUUCAUAAAUAAAUGUGAAAAGCUCGUCAGCUUACUCAUCUUGUCAAAAGUGGCAGUAGAUCAA